AAAACAAGAGACUGCCGUGUUGGGGAGUGACACGCUAGUUAUUUUAGCAUCUAAUGUUUCUAAAAGAAAGAGUGGAAGAGGAUUAUACUUCUUUACCGGAUUAUUAGGUUUUCAUUUUUGCGCAGCCAUCGUCCAUAAAGGUUUAAGAGGGGCGCAACCAUGAGUUCCUUGCCGGAGACCACCCAUUCCCUCAUGCAGGUUUUUAAUGGGAAACUGCAGGAUUUUACCAAUGAGAUUGAAAAUGUCCACAUGGUGUGGCUGGAGGAGAUCCAGCAGGAAGCUUAUCGCAUGUUCUCCAGUGACUUCAGCACAGAGCCAGAACUCAUGCCAAAGACUCCAUCACAGAAAAAGACGAACCGCAGGAAACGAGUGUCAAUGGAGCUCAAUGAGUCUCGCAGCAAAAGACGUUUCUCUAAGGGUAAACGCAGCAACCUGCGUCGCUCCUCGGUCCAGAUGACCCUGAACACCAUCUCUGAACUCGUUAAGCCACAUGUUCCAGAUGACAGCUCGGAGAGCGUGAUGGAAGAACCUGCUCGCUGUACACGUCGCAACAAAACUACCACCACGGCCCAGGGCGAGCCUGUCAAACGCAGCACUCGCACCAAAGCCAAGAAAGAAAUGGGCAAAGAUGUAGUAGAGAACGUUCUUGAAGCAAAAGGAGCAGAUGAGGUGCAGGAUUCAGACUCUGGUCGGGAUGAGAUGCUGGUGUCUGAAGCAGUGGUAAAGAUCAGUUCUUCAGAGCGCUUGAGUGCAGAAAUGCUGCUGAAUUCUGGACCGUCUCCGGGCCGAACUGCCAAUAAAAUCAUCAUCGCUGCGACUUUGACGACGACUCGGGACGCAGUGCAAAAAUCAGCCCGCCGGUCACAGGUGGUACGUCGCUCGCUGGUGGGCCUCAGGCAUAGCAUGACCCAGGAAGCAGUGCGUAGGGCAUCCCGGCGCUCCUUCCUGAAGAAGAAAGCAAGACUGGGCAACUCGACCUGCAGCAGCUCCGUCAGUGAGGACAUUUGUAUGGAUGUAGAACCUGGCGACACGGAAGAUAACGAAGAACUGGAUGAAGUGGAACAGAAAGUGGCAGAACAAGCCACUGAAUCCAACAAUGAACCAAAAAUUGCCCAACCUAAGGAGCCUGAACCAAAGAUGGCUGAACAAAAGGGAAUAGAGAUAAAAGAUGAACUUGCAGAAGAGAUCACAAAAUCUCCCACCACCAAUGAGAACUGUCGUUUCACGCGAUCCAUGGCUCACACUUCAGAAACAGAUGAUAAUGGCGCCUUGAAGAGCAAAGGAGAGAGCUCUGCACGCUCUGGUUCCAGACGUCGUGCAGCAGAAUCUGGGGCCCAGGACAUUAGCACACCCAAGAAGAAGCACUCCCCUCCAAAGAAAUGCCUUACGGCUGUUGCGCCACACAUGCGCUCAUUCAUGCACACAGUGCAGAAGAACAAGAUGUUGAUGAUGACCCCUGGAUCUUUGGGCCGCUGCUCUGUUAUGAAGUCCUUCAUCAAACAAUCCGGUGGCAAUGUCGACUCCAAGUUGGGCUCCGGCUCUGUGGAGCGGGAACGACAGAAAUGGGACGCUUUGAACAAGAAGAUAGAACAAGAGAAUGAACGAAAGAAAAAGAGCGAGGAGGAGAGAAGACUUAAACAAGAAGAAAUGAAAAGGAAGCGAGACGAGCGUUUGAAACGUGUUGUUGAGGCUCGAGUGAAAGGAGAACAGGAGAAGGAACAAGAAAAGAAAAAGAAGAUUGAAGAAAAAAUGGCGCAGCUGGAAAAGAAAAAUGACAUGAUGCGAGUUGAGCGGUUGGCGGAGGAAAAGGCCAAGAGGAAGGUGACCACUAAACGACAGGAAGAACUGGAGCUGCGCAAGAAGCAGGAAGAAGCAGCCAGACUAAAGAAACUUCAGCAAGUUGAGGAAGAGGAACAGCGACACCAGGAGAUGCUCUCCAAACGCAAGGCCGAAGAGGAGCGAGAAAAAGCACGCAAACAGGCCGAAGCCACGCGCGCUCUGGAACUGAAGAAGGAACAAGAGCGGGAGAGAGAGAAGGAACGUGAGCGGGAAAGGGAACGUGAGAGGGAGCGUGAAAGACAGGCCGCAGCUGAGAGAGAGAGGCUAGAGAGAGAGAAGGCUGUCGCUCUUCAAAAGGAACAGGAGAGAGCAGCCAAAGAGAAAGAAAGGAGAGAGAUGGAAGAGAAGAGGAGGAUGGAGGAGCAGAGGAGGGCUGAGGAGAGGGAGGCCCAACAGAAACGUGCUGCUGCUGCAGCCUCCGCCCCGGCGCCCCCUACUGUCACAGCACAGAUUUCUGUCACAAAAACACAAGCAGCCAGUAUGCUCAACACAACCAUAACAAAGGGAUCUGCUCUGAAUGUUACUGUAGAUAUUGAGAACUCUGUUAUGAAAACUCCAGUUGGUAAAGGAGCUGCUCACAACAAGACUGUAGAUCACGGAAACGCACUCAACGUUACAGUCGACAUAGAGCAAUCUCCACAGUCCUACCAGAUCACUCCUAAAGGCCAGAAGGUGACCGUUUUGAUGAAUCCUGAAGAUUAUGGCAUGGACCAGAAAAGCGACGACUCCACGGAUGAUGAAUCUGCUCCCAGAAAACCCAUCCCAUCCUGGGCUGAAGGUAUGCAGUUGCAGCAGGCUAUCAUGAAGCAGUAUUAUCACCCACUGGAUCUAAAUUCACAUUUCGGAGAUCCCGAACCUCCCAAGCUGGAAGAGAUCUUCCGGCGGACCAAACCUCGCUUCUUUAAGCGCACUAGCUCAGCUGUUUGGCAUUCGCCGCCACGCUUGGGGAAAGUGGGCAAUCAUUAGUGAAUGUUCUUUUUUUUGUCUUGUCUUUUAUACUUAAAGCGUACUUCUUUAAUAAAGCCCUUCAAAAAAAUCUAUAUGUAAUUAGAUUAGACAACAACAAAAAAAAGAGCAGAAUGUGUAAUUAAGAUUACACAGCAGAGGAGGAUUAGUGCUCGGUUUCUCUUUGAUUUACCUAUCUAUGUAUUUAAAAAGCAUCUCGCAUAAUAAAAUCGGAAAUGUACACCGGAGAUGCUACAACAGUGUAGAUGUAGAAAACAUAGGGCGGCAUUUGCCAACAAAUUUCACAUCGCAGAAAAGUGUUCUGGACUGUCAAAAGGUAUUUGUGCACUUUCUCAUUUCAACCUAAUGUGGUUGCAAUGCACCUGCUGUAAUUCUUUGCUUUGUAGCUACUUUGACAAUUUCUCUUGAGGUUAGAAAUGAAGCUGAAUUGAAAUAGCUUUACAUUAUUUUCACUUUUCAGCACUGUAACUUUUGGAAAAAUAAAACUUGUUGUUGUAAUAAGUAUUUCUAUAAAAUGAUAUGCCUGACUUUCAGAAAUAUGCUCUGGUCAAGCUUAGACAAAUCUUUCUUUACACAAUGCUGGGAAAUAAACAGGAUGGAAAUAAUGAGCUAAAGUUGGAUGUCACUUCCGGAGUAUUGUAAAACACUAAUCCGAUGGAAUGUGAUGUUAAAGGAAUAUUCCGGGUUCAAUACAAGUUAAGUAUCUUCUUAGUGGGUAAUGUUUAAGGUGUUAAAAACAUGCUGAUGCUUGGUCAAGAUAACAGUUUUUAAUAGUGCCUCACCAGAGUGUGUAGAUGAUAUGAAGCAAUUGGUCAAGAGAUAAAUUAUGUUGAUAUCAUUUAAUUGUUCUGAGUUGUAAUGACAGCCAACAAUAGCACAAGUUGAACCUGAAAUUCAUUUUUACACCAAGUAACACUUGAAUGGUUCCUCUGGAUCGACUGUGUUCCUUUGGGACACUUUUUUUUUUCUUUAUAUCUAUCAUUUUGGCAGUGUUAAUCCCAAUGGCAUAAAUUAUGCCAAAGGUGUGUAUUUUGGGGGGAAUUUUUAUAAUUCAGCCUCAGUUCCUAUAAUACACUGUGUACACAAAAUGGACUAGGACAAAAAUGUCCCCAUUGAAACCCAUUCAAAUGGUAAUAUUUGAUCCCAGUGCCAUUAAAACAUAAAAUCAAUGAUAUUAUGCUGGAGUCAUGCCUGGCUUCAAAAUUGCAAUUUUAUAUUUUCCACCAGAUUUUUCUCAUGUUUAGCCUAUGGAGCAAAUUCAUGCUUUUUCCAUAUUCUCUGUUUGCUGUAUUAUAGAGCACUGCAGGCCAAUCGAAUAAAUUAU